GCAGAUUGGGAACAAAUAAUAGCCGCCUUACAACAAAAUGAAGAAAACACAAGGUAUUUUGAAUGAUUGCGUCACAAAAAUUAUAUACAAUAAUAAAUAUAAACGAACCACUUAGUCUUGGCAACGUGAAUGAGUUCCCAGACGCUGUUGAAGGUCUCCAAGGCAUAGAAGCCGCGAUGCACAAUCAGACUCACUGGAACGCCAUACGCGAAGCCAUCGCACGACAGCAGAACCCGAGAGUGGCGAAAAUAGUUGGUGCUGCCGAUGAUAUUGCGCUAGCGGUGAUCAAGAGGCAUUUAACGGAUGUUGCCAGCGCCAGCAAUGCCGAGGUGGUGUUAAUACAAGAUUGGCUGAGUUCAAUUGGUCUACAGCUGGGUGAAAACAAAACCGACGCCGUUUUGAAGUCACGUAUAAAGAAAGUUGAGCAAGAGCGUAUCAAACAGGGCAAUAUGUUGGUCGAAGCCAAACCGCAAAUCGGUUAUUUAGGGCUUCUGCUGACAACGAAAUUGAAAUUUAAACAUAAUCUGCAAUAUGCCGAGAAGUUGGCGACCCUCUCUAAUACCAAUUUAUUAAAGAAAAUGUUGUUGGGCAUGACUGUAUCGACUGCGGCGUUACUUUACCCCUCCACAGGGCCUGAUAACAAGCUGAAAUUAAUUGUGGAGACCAAUUACGCUGUGGAGAGAAGAUUAGUUUCAAGUAAGAAUUCAAGUACGGCGCAGGAUGAGGAAGCAGAGAGUGAUGGCGUUGAUGUUGUGUCCCUCGAUGAGCGCAAACGUUGGAGAAUGCGACGCACAGAAAGUUUGCCAGAAGUCAGGGAACUAGAAACAGUAGAUAUAUAGAUCUUUA